AAACUAUAACGUGCAGUAGUUUUGGCGUUCGUAACGGUCGUGUCGAGAAUUCUAUCCUAAAUGUAGCUAGGGCUUGUGAGCUAGCAUUGUAGCUAGCAGUAUAUUGUUAAUGCUUUAACGGCGAUAACAGCUGAUUUCUUUCACUUGCAAAAGACAAGACCCUCAGUGUUCAUUUGUCAAACAAAAUAUGCCUUUUACUCUGCACUGACCACUAAAAUGGUAUAACAACUGUCAAGAGUCCUGUGUGAGAAACUUCCUUCAGAGAACUGGAUAAAACCUCCACCGAAGAUGGAGAACUCUCCUCACUUGUACUUUUCUGAAAUUGGAGACAAUGAGGAUGUAGAAGAGGAGGGGGAGGAUCAGGAGGAGGAGGAGGAGGAGGAGGAGGAGGAGAAGGAGGCGAUUCAUCAAGAGGAAACUAACAUGGAGCCAGACACAAUCAAGUCUCUAGACCCAGAUCUUCACACACAUCCCAAGCAGGUUACUGAGAAAGUUGGGGACUCUUUCCCCUGCCAGCACUGUGAGAGAUGUUUUACCAGCAAACAAGGCUUGGAGCGUCACAUGCACAUCCAUGCUUUUGCAAACAAUGAGACACAUGCAUACAAAAGCAAUAAGAGCAACAUGUCUCUUGGUUCAAAUCUAGGUCAGCUGCAGCAUGAGAAGACUCUGGAUUCAGUAGGUUCAGUCAUGCAACCUUGUACUUCAUCCCCCACUAACUCUAAUACUUCAGUUUUGUCAGAUGAAGACCACAUUGCUCAGCCAGACAAACAAGGAGUAUUAGAUGGCCAUCAUGCUUGCAAGUACUGUGAAAAGAUAUUCACGACGUAUACCAGCAAGCGACGACAUGAGCGCAGGAGUCACGAGCAGGACCUGCACACACAUGUGGAGAAAACCCAGCUGCCACAGGAGGAAAGUCUUCAAACGAUCCCCAGUGAAACGUCUCAACAGGAAACACAGCUUGGUGACGACACAGCACCUGCAGCUCCUCUGAAAAAUGAUGGGGAACACACAGAACAAUACAUGCUGGAUGUCUCUAGCAAUAUUUCAGAGAAUCUCAGCUUUUACAUUGAUGGAAAAAUAGUGUCAACAAGUACUGUGAGUAGCUGUGAAGCAGCUGAGGUUCAUUCAGGGUCCUCAACACUUGUUGGACUUGAUGCCCUGAUUCUAGACCCAGCCCAAAUCAGCCAGGUUUUAAAUACUGAUUCAGUUACAGGCAAAGAGAUACCCGGUCAACCACUGGCUAAGAGAAGAACAGCUACACCACCUCUUUUACCACAAAUUAAAACUGAACUGGAGUCUGAGGUGGUGGUGUCCUCUUCCUCAUCAUCACUCGUAUCUUCUUUAAUUGAGAAUAUACUUCCUCAGAAUACAGAGUCCACAGUUGUGCAGAAGGAAAGAACUGUGUUUCUGUCUCCUAAGCUGAAGCAGCUCCUGGAGAAGCAGGAUGGCCUUAAACCUACACUUGCCCUGAUCACAGAUGGCCAGAAGCCUUGUUCACCUGUCUCUCUCUCUGUCCUGCCCACUGGAACAGGAAGAUUUAAAAGAAGAACUGGAUCUCCAACUAGCUCUCCACAGCAAAACCCAACAUCCCAUGAGGAAACGCUAAUGCCAGAUACAGGAAAUUUUGAUGCUUUAGGUACAGGACACAUGGAGACCCAGCAGACCUCACCUGUGCACCUAACAGUCAGCGAGAAGGAUGACACAGCACCAUCUGUAGAGGAGCCAGCUGUGAAGCCUGUCUUGACAGAGAGCUGGCCCCCCAUGACUGGCGGUAAUUCCUGUAACCAGCAACCACUGGAUCUCUCUAAUACAGUCAAAAGAAAUGAAGAUGUAGCUUUAGCUGAUGCUGUGCUGGAUUUGAGUUUGCAAAAGAAGAGCCUUGGUGAAUCAGAACUGACAUUUAGUUUAGUUUCACAGGCAGUUUUGAAAGAAGGAAAACCAAAUACACGCAUGGCGGAAAAAGCCUUAAUGAAUGUUGGAGAGCAAAAUGUAAACCUGGGGAAUCCUGAGACUCCCCUAGUCACAGAUUUUACCAUAGUCACAGGUUCUGAUGUGGUGACCCCAGUGGAACCUGUAGCAGAAAGUCUUGUUUAUGGACUUGCCCUACCCCCCAAUUCUCUGACUCCAUCAUCCGCCUCCCUCACCCCUGUUACCUUGCAGCCAGCUUCACCGUGCACUAUAGCAUUUGCCUCCCCAGCCUCACACACCGUGCUCCCUGCUGCUCCUUCAUUAAUCACAGUUUUGGCACCACCACCACCCAUUUCUAACCCCUCAAGUCAACCAAUCCAGGUAUUAGCCCCAAAUAUAUCUCCUGAGUCCUUGGUAAUCUGCACAGAAAAUGCAUUAAAUUCUUCAGAGUGUGAUUUAACUACUGCAUUUGCCGCUACAAAUUCUGCAAACCUUGUCACUCUCUCCCAGCCCCUUGACCCAACUUUAAAUCUACCCAGCCACAUGUUUCUCACUGAUCAGAUCGCUCUCAAUCCACCUAUUGUUGACUCCACUCCUGUGUCAGAAGUGCCAUUCACACCUACUGUAACUUUAAAUGACUCUCUCAUCAACUCUUAUAACAUUACCAGCAACACAGUGUUGAUAGAGUGCACAAUAGCUCUUGAAGCCCCAGGGAGUGUAGUCCCUGCUGCAAUUACCUUACAAGAAAACACUGCUGAGGCUCCAGUACCUACACAGAUGGUUGUUAAUCACAUAGAACAGCAACAGAUUGUAUCAGUGCCCAACCCUCAGACUGCGGACCCAACUAUUCUUGUGUCCUCCAUCGAAGAAUCAGUAACUCUGUCCACCACUGCCUCAGUGGUGUCUGAUUGUCCUUCUGUGGGUGAAUUGAGUGCCGACCCAGAGCCUGCUGUGAAUGCAGAGCCACCAACCACAAAAGAGGAGGAAGUUGACACUACUGUUACCUUACCUGAAAUACCAUCUAAAAUCUCACCCCCUUCUGAGAAAGCUGAAGAGGAUGAAUCCUCCAAUAACACACCAAGUGAUGCACAACAGCAAACUUUCACCAAGAAUUUCAUCUGCAAUGUGUGUGAUAAGCUUUUCCAUUCAAUGAAAGAACUAAGCCAUCAUGUAGGUGACCAUGCUGAUGAAUGGCCCUACAAAUGUGAAUUCUGCGUGCUGCUCUUCGGCAAGCCCUCUGCUUUGCUUGACCAUCGAUCGAGCCUCCACGGUGUUGGCAAGACUUACGUUUGCAGUGCAUGCACAAAAGAAUUUGUCUACCUUUGUAAUUUGAAACAGCAUCAGGAGGAAUUACAUCCUGGCCAGCAGUGUACAUACACAGAAGAGGAAAAGGGAAAACUGAGACCUCAGAAUUACAACAACUCAACAAAGGUCAGCACUGAACCUUUAGUGCCUGAUGCUCCAGAGGAGCCCAAGAAGCAGGUGAAAAAGGAGGAAGGUGAAGUGGAUGUAGCUGCUGAGGAGCUGUUUACGACAAUAAAAAUCAUGGCCUCAGAUGGAGGUAAAAUCAAAGGGCCCGAUGUUCGUCUUGGCAUUAAUCAACACUACCCCAGCUUCAAGCCUCCUCCAUUUCCUUACCAUAACCGAUCACCGGCAGCCUCACUGGCUUCAGCCACAAACUUCACCACCCACAACAUCCCACAAACGUUUAGUACUGCUAUUCGGUGCACCAAGUGUGGAAAGAGCUUUGAUAACAUGCCAGAGCUACACAAACACAUCCUGGCUUGUGCAAAUGCCAGCGAUAAAAGGCGAUAUACGCCCAAAAAGAAUCCUAUACCUCUACGUCACUUUGCAAAAACUCAGAAUGGAGUGCUGUCGACUACCAAUUCCACUAAUGGACUAAAUGCUUCAAACAGAGCCAGCCAGUCAAACAGGUCCAAGCAUAACCAAGAAUCACCAGUAAAGAUGAAAUUCAAAGUACUGAACAAAAGGAAGAAAAAGUUGGUUCAAAGGGUUAUGCCGCAGAGGAACAAGUCAGUCACUUCAUCAAAAGUCUCAUCUGCACAGGUGGGUGAGCAGCAGGAGAUAUUCGUCUGCCCACACUGCAGCAGGGAGUUCACAAUGCGUCGCAGCAGAACCAAACACAUGGCCGUGUGUCCCAAGAAACCUAAAGAGGUGAAGAAAAGGAAAGAGGGAGGAAUCUCUGUGACAAAGGAAAAUGAUGGACACCUGCGUAGAGGGGUUUCUCAUGUUGAAGAGAAACAGAAACAGGCCUCACCUCAGCAUAAAACAAGAUUCCAGACAUCUGGCCCCACUAAGAGACCUGCCAUCCUGCCAGUGCAGACUGUCUUUUCAAACAAAAGAAGUAAAAUAAUCAUAAAAGAGAGCACGCAGCCAAAACAAGAGACCCCAACUCUGAAUGAACUUCCCAUUGUUCGCACUUUUAACCCCUCCAUGCGCCAGUAUAGCAGAGUGCAGCAUAGUGUCAAGGGAAUUCCCAUUAAAAUUACUAUAGUGAAACCACAACAGAUUGCACCACAGAAGGAUGAGAUGCCUCCCACCCAGAGCCAAGAAGAAGCAACUGGAGGCGUCACCAGCAGCUCUGAGCAGAGCACUACAGCUUGAAGACUACCCCCACACCCACCAGAGGAUCGGCAGGACUCUGCUGUAUGGAGCUCCUCAUACAUCUUCAGUCAUACUAAAGGGAGAUAACUGCUAAUCACACUGUAAGCCGCAUAGAUUGCAUUAUACUGUACAAUAACAAUGACUGAAUUCAGUUGGGAUGAACAGACGUCUAAGGAUACUGCAGUGAGUGGAUGUGUUUAACUAUUUGAAUGCUUUUGUAGUAGUUUGGAGAUUUGUAGAUUUCUCCUUUGUUUCGUAAACUUCGUCAACAGCUUGGAUUUGCACUUUGAAGUUAAUCUGACUGCUUCAUGUCACAUGUCACAAAUAUGGGUUAUUUAGAGAGGAUGGCAGGUGGCAAUCAUUUUCAGCAUGCAUUUGCACUUUUUCUUAUCUGUUGUCUGUGGCCUUUUGGUUUAAACUCUUACUGCAUGCUGUGAGCUUGUACUACAGCUACAUUAAUUUAUGAUGGAUUAUGUUGACGCAGUUAGGCCUUAAUGAAUCUAGUGUUGCUCUGUUGGUCUGACAACAAUAACCAGUAUAAUUACACAGAAGACACAUUAAGAUUGUUUCUAAACACGAGACUGAAUCACAGAACAAGAACACGCUUUAUAGUACAGUUUAACAUUGGCCACAAGCUACCUGUUUAAAUUCUUGUUAAGGAUAUCAGCACUGUUGAUUAUUAUUAAGGAAGUCAGUGUUUUCAUUAUUGGUGUGAAUGUAACAUUUAGUAGAUUUUGUUGCUAUAUAGCCUUUUCAAAUUGAAACUGUGUAUUAUCUGUUCAGCCCAGUUGCUAUGUAUUUGUAUGAAAGAUUAGAAAAUAAUGCUGUUAUUGUGCCAUCAAAUGUGUAUGACUAAAUGUGGCAUAAAAGUGAAGAGUAAACAUUUCAGUGUACUUCAGUGUUUCCCACAUGAAGAAUUUAUUUUGGUGGUCCAACCAAAUACGUUCACCCUCAUUUAAACUGAUUUAUUUGUACAUUUGUCCCUUUAAAAGUCUGUGUGGAAGCAGCAAAAAAUUUAGAUCACUGUUAUGAAGAAUGCUUUGAUGUGCAGUUACAUGUCCAAAAAAAAAAGAAGAAAAAAAAACCUCCCUAAAGAACAUUAGCUUGUGAAUGCAAUGCAAUGCUACUUUCAUAUACUAAUCUCAUAAUUUAGAUUUUGAUGCUCACAGGCCACCACAAAAAAAUUCUCAACUUUUAGGAAACACUGCUAUUUGAUCUAUUUACACUGCUAAUCCCAAACAGAAGUACUAUAAUAUUCUAUACUGCUUGAAUGCGUCAUCGCUACUUUGACAAAAAGAAGUGUUUCAUUCUGAACUGCACCGACACAGCUAACGACAGCGCUUGGCUUCACUGCAUUUCUUCUGAAAUAUUUACAGUAGUCCACUUUGCUUUUAGGCUUUAUUUUGCCUCUCUUCUACAAAUCCCUGUCAAAACAUGAUUUUUUGUGGGUUUUUUCCCUUGUUCAAUGACUAGAAAUAGUCAUAUUAGAAGUACAGUCUGUUUAGGUCUUUGUCACCUGUAGCAUACAUGCACUUCAUCAUUGCUUAUAAUCUGUGAGUUGUCAACAGUUUAUUGUGUGAAGUGUGUAUAAUGAAUUCCAACAUGUAUAAAUAUAAAAUGGAAAUGUUAGAGCAAUUAUGGGGUUGUUUUUGCUGAAGCCCUGUAGAGACAUUAUAUGAAAAUAUUUGUGGCAAGUUGUCACUAAUCUCAAAGAAUGAGUGUAACACAUUGUAUCUCCUUAAUUUCGAUUUUUAUAAGCUACUAGUUUGAAGAUGCAAUGUUAUACAGGGUAGUUAUUUCAUUAUGAUUGAACUGAGUUAUAUUAAUUUGGGCAAACUAAAACUUGACAAUUGUCUGUAUCUGAAAGAGUAAUGGUACAUCUAUUUUACAUUUUUGCCUUUUAAACCCUUGCUGGUAAUAUUUCUUUGAUUCAGACUGUAAUGUGUUUGAUGUACAGGAUGGUUUGGGAGACUGUUAUUUAACUGUGAAAAGUGCUUGUAGCAUUUCGAAGUGUAAAUUGAGUCAUGUAUAUUUAUUAAUAAUUUAAAAUCACGUUAUCAAUCUUUGAACGGUUACUCUGUAUGAUUUGCACUAAAGUUUUUUCAAGCGAGUGUUCAAAAAUAAAUGGAGAAUGUUAAGGUUAUAUGUGAAGUUUGUGUCGAGCUGUCUUUAGUAAACAAAUCAAGCUCAUCACAGUAUCGGAGGAAUAUGAAUUAAUAAAUGGAUUUGAUUUUGGCAAAUGACA